ACGUUAUCUUAAGGGCUCAUCGUCGCUAAAUAUUUCAUUGAGUGCACUUUUCUCUGAUCAAGAUAGUCUCAGAACAUAAACGCGAUUGUUUCUCCUAAAUAAAGGAAGUUAAAAUUGAUCUUACAUUUUGAUAAAAAAAGGGUUUUCAAAGUGUCAUUAAAUAAGGGAGACAGAAUGAGCAAAAAGCCGGCGUUGUUCCUGCAAUUAGUGAUAGGCCGCGCCGACUCCCCUUUGGGUGAUAGCGACGUGGAUCUUCAUGAUAAAGAGAUAGAUGCUGGCAGCUUAGAAGAUUACGAGAAGAGGAACUUCCAUGUCAUCAUUGAUCGCUUUAAUACUCUGGGCGAAGUAACUGCGGUACUAAAACGACUGAAUGUUGAAAAGUGUGGGCUGAUAUUUGGCAUUGACUACACAUUGAGCAACAAGGUAUCUGGCAUGAACACAUUCCAUGGCCUGAGUCUUCAUGAUACUACAAGCAAGAAGAGUAACCCGUACCAGGAGGUGAUUUGUAUCCUGGGUGAGACUCUUGAAUCUUUAGAUGACGAUGGCAUUAUUCCAGCGUACGGAUUUGGAGAUAGGAGAGUGAGAGACAAGGUAAUAUUUCCCUUCAAGAAAGAUGGAGACUGCGACGGUUUCAUGGAAGUUCUUGAAUUAUACAAUGAUAUCACGCCUACAAUACAACUAGGAGGCCCAACCAACUUUGCCCCUCUCAUUGACGAGGCUGUAAGAAUUGUGAAGGAAAAGAAGCAGUACCAUAUCCUGGUGAUCGUUGCGGACGGUCAGGUUACCAACGAAGAGGACACGGUAAGGUCAAUCGUUGAGGCCUCGGAGUAUCCUCUCUCUAUCGUGUGUAUUGGAGUAGGUGAUGGGCCAUGGGAUAUCAUGAACGACUUCGAUGACAAACUGCCGGAACGACGUUUCGACAACUUUCAGUUUGUGGACUUUCACGCGACCAAAUCUGAAGCACGCAAUCCUCAGGCCGCGGUGGCGUUAGCAGCACUUAUGGAGAUUCCGGACCAAGUUAAAUAUAUCAGAGACAACAAACUGAUUGAGAAACUGUGAGAAACUGUGAUAGCUUAGCUCAUGAUUCGUACAUGGAACAAAUUGAUAGAAGUGUACAAUUGUGAAAAAUGACCAUUUUAUCAGAAGGAAACCAGAGUGUGCAAUAAGUUGUUCAUGGCCUUAUUGCAAAACAUUCAACAGUACUGAAUACCUGCAAACAUUUUGUUCAUCCAUUCCAAUAUAAAAAAACACUCAUUCAGUGGUCCGUUACAAUGUUUUAAAUUGGUUUUAAAAGGCCAAGUUCGUGUCAUUUUGACAUACAUUAUAUGUGUUAUUGUUAUAAAAGUUGAAAUGUCGGUAAUUUAGACGUCAACAUGUAGAUUUUUUCGGCAUCAUUUUUUCUUAUUUUUAUAUCAUAGUAACAUCCUAAGUUCAAAUUCGUCUUAUCCUUUCUUGGAAUUUCAUUUUAUGCUAAGUAAAAUAUUUAUUUAGAAUACUGAGUAUUGUUAAAAUGGCAUAAUUGUACCUACACUAGAAACGAUAAUAUAUUUGAAAGCCUGUUGUAUCAUUGUUUUCGUUUAAGAAAAAAGCUAUCAAAUUUCUUUUCUGAUUUCAAAUAAGUGAUGAAAAACGCAAAAACCACGUCGAUAGUUAGAAUCCAAACAAUAGGCAAUUAGCUAUUUUAAACGAUUUACAAUAAUAUAUAUGUCAUAUUUAAAUUGCUUUGUGCUAUUUUAAGAUCACAUGUUCAUAUUUAUGUAAACUACUGCUUACACAUGUUUUUAUA